GGGGCGGACCGGCUCGCGGGUAGUCCGCGUCCCCGCCCCGGGCCCGCCGGGCGCCGGGCCGGAUGGGCUGCACCGUGAGCCUGGUGUGCUGCGAGGCGCUCGAGCCCGCGCCCCCCUGCGGCCCGCAGUCCCCCGGGACUCCGCCGGGCCCUGAGCGGCCCGAGCGCUGUGAGCCCGGGGGUGCGGUGCGAGCCCAAAGGAGGCGGCUGCUGCUUCAGCCAGAAGACCUGGAGGCCCCCAAGACUCACCACUUCAAGGUGAAGGCCUUCAAGAAGGUGAAGCCCUGUGGCAUCUGCCGCCAGGCCAUCACUCGGGAGGGCUGUGUUUGCAAAGUCUGCAGCUUCUCCUGUCAUCGGAAAUGCCAGGCCAAGGUGGCUGCCCCUUGUGUUCCUCCAGCCAGCCAUGAACUGGUGCCCAUCACCACGGAGAGCGUACCCAAGAAUGUAAUGGAUGUGGGGGAAGGAGACUGCAAGGGUGGAAGCUCUCCCAGAAGCCUCCAGGAGGGCGACUCCAUGAGAGUUUCGCCAAGCAUCCACCCGCAGCCACAGCCUGUCAGUCUCUCUAGAAACAUGAGUGUGAGCCGGGCCAUGGAGGACAGCUGUGAGCUGGACCUGGUGUACGUCACCGAGCGCAUCAUCGCCGUGUCCUUCCCCAGCGCGGCCAAUGAGGAGAACUUCCGCAGCAACCUCCGUGAAGUGGCCCAGAUGCUGAAGUCCAAACAUGGGGGCAACUACCUGCUCUUCAACCUCUCUGAGCAGAGGCCUGACAUCACGAAGCUCCAUGCUAAGGUCCUGGAAUUUGGCUGGCCUGAUCUGCACACUCCGGCCCUGGAGAAGAUAUGCAGUGUCUGCAAGGCCAUGGACACCUGGCUCAAUGCAGACCCCCACAAUGUUGUUGUUCUCCACAACAAGGGAAACCGAGGCAGGAUUGGUGUUGUCAUCGCGGCGUAUAUGCACUACAGCAACAUUUCCGCCAGUGCUGACCAGGCUCUGGACCGGUUUGCAAUGAAGAGGUUCUAUGAGGAUAAGAUUGUGCCCAUUGGCCAGCCAUCCCAGAGGAGGUAUGUGCACUACUUCAGUGGCCUCCUCUCUGGCUCCAUCAAAAUGAACAACAAGCCCUUGUUCUUGCACCAUGUGAUCAUGCACGGCAUCCCCAACUUUGAGUCUAAAGGAGGGUGCCGGCCGUUUCUGCGCAUCUACCAAGCCAUGCAACCUGUGUACACAUCUGGCAUUUACAACAUCCCCGGAGACAGCCAGGCCAGCAUCUGUAUCACCAUUGAACCAGGGCUGCUCCUAAAGGGGGACAUCUUGCUGAAGUGUUAUCACAAGAAGUUCCGGAGCCCGGCUCGUGAUGUCAUCUUCCGGGUGCAGUUCCACACCUGUGCCAUCCAUGACUUGGGGGUUGUUUUUGGGAAGGAAGACCUGGAUGAAGCCUUCAAAGAUGAUCGAUUUCCUGAUUAUGGCAAAGUGGAGUUUGUAUUUUCCUAUGGGCCAGAGAAAAUUCAAGGCAUGGAACACCUGGAGAACGGGCCUAGCGUAUCUGUAGACUAUAACACCUCGGACCCCCUCAUCCGGUGGGAUUCCUAUGACAACUUCAAUGGACAUCGUGAGGAUGGCAUGGAGGAAGUGGUGGGUCACACUCAAGGGCCACUGGAUGGGAGUCUGUAUGCCAAAGUGAAGAAGAAGGAUUCCCUGAAUGGCAGCUCAGGGCCUGUCACUACUGCACGGCCUGCCUUGUCAGCCACUCCCAACCAUGUGGAACACACACUGUCUGUGAGCAGCGACUCUGGCAACUCCACAGCCUCCACCAAGACAGACAAGACCGAUGAGCCUGUUUCUGGGGCUGCCACUGCCCCUGCUUCUCUGAGUCCUCAGGAGAAGAAGGAGCUCGAUCGCCUGCUAAGCGGCUUUGGUGUAGAUAGAGAGAAGCAAGGUGCCAUGUACCGGGCUCAGCAACUCAGGUCCCACCCAGCUGGGGGCCCAACUGUGUCCUCCCCUGGCCGCCACAUCGUCCCAGCCCAGGUUCACGUCAACGGUGGGGCUCUGGCAUCUGAGCGGGAGACGGACAUUCUGGAUGAUGAGCUGCCCGUUCAGGAUGGGCAGAGUGGGGGCAGCAUGGGCACACUGUCCUCCCUGGAUGGGGUCACCAACACCAGCGAAGGUGGAUACCCAGAGACUCUGUCCCCACUGACCAAUGGUCUGGACAAGUCCUAUUCCACAGAACCCAUGCUCAAUGGUGGAGGCUACCCCUAUGAGUCUGCCAACCGGAUGGUACCCCACAGCAGUCACUCGGCCCCCAUUCGGCCCUCCUACUCAGCUCAGGAGGGAUUAGCUGGCUACCAACGUGAGGGACCCCACCCAGCCUGGUCACAAGUGACCAGUGCCCACUGUGGCUAUGACCCCAGUGGUCUGUUCCGAUCCCAGUCCUUUCCAGAUGUGGAGCCCCAGCUACCCCAAGCUCCAGCCCGUGGGGGCAGCAGCCGAGAGGCUGUGCAGAGGGGCCUGAAUUCUUGGCAACAGCAGCAGCCUCACCCACCUCCCCGACAGCAGGAGAGAUCCCCCUUACAGAGUCUUGCCAGCAGCAAGCCUAGCCCCCAGCUGUCAGCAGAAACCCCUAUACCUACUCUCCCAGAGUUCCCGAGGGCAGCCUCCCAGCAGGAGAUUGAGCAGUCCAUUGAAGCCCUUAAUAUGCUGAUGCUGGACUUGGAGCCGACUUCAAUGGCUGCCCCUCUUCAUAAGUCCCAGAGUGUCCCUGGGGCCUGGCCAGGGACUUCCCCACUUGCUUCCCAGCCCCUCUUGGGCUCUUCCCGCCAGUCCCACCCACUGACCCAGUCCCGAUCUGGCUAUAUCCCUAGCGGGUCUUCCCUGGGAGCCCCGGAGCUGGUCUCUUCUGGCAGGUCUUAUUCACCUUACGAUUAUCAGCUGCGUCCAGCUGGAUCCAACCAGAGUUUCCAUCCAAAAAGUCCAGCCUCUUCUGCCUUCCUUCCAAGCCCCCAUAGUUCUGCGGGGCCUCAAGAGCACCCAACCUCUCUCCCUGGUCUCGUCACUCAGCCUCAACUCCCACCAAAGGAAACUACUUCAGACCCCUCCCGAACUCCAGAGGAAGAACCACUGAACCUGGAAGGGCUGGUAGCUCACCGGGUAGCAGCGUACAAUGCCAGACUGCAGGGCCUGAGGCAGAGUGGCACCUUUCAACCCUCUCCUCUCCACCGGCUCCGAUCCGCUUCUGUCUCUGGGGUUCAGGCUCGGGAGAGGCAGCCUGCAGAGCCCCCAGCCCCGCUGCGGAGGCGAGCAGCCAGUGAUGGACAGUAUGAGAACCAGUCUCCAGAGGCCACAUCCCCCCGUAGUCCUGGGGUCCGCUCCCCCGUCCAAUGCGUCUCCCCUGAGCUGGCUCUCACCAUUGCCCUCAAUCCUGGAGGGAGGCCCAAAGAGCCCCAUCUGCAUAGCUACAAGGAGGCCUUUGAGGAGAUGGAGAGGACCUCCCCGAGUGGCCCACCAUCCAGUGGGGUGCGCUCUCCUCCAGGUCUGGCCAAGACACCCCUGUCUGCUCUGGGUCUGAAGCCCCACAAUCCAGCUGACAUCCUCCUACACCCCACAGGUGUCACCAGAAGACUGAUCCAGCCAGUAAAGACUCACCCACUCCAGCCAAAAGCCAAAGUCAAAGCCAUCUGGAAUCAUAGGGCAAGCGGCCUAGGGGAGCCCCGGAGCUAUGUGGAGUCUGUGGCAAGGACAGCGGUGUCAGGACCUCGAACUCAAGAUGUCGAGCCCAAGAGCUUCAGUGCCCCGGCUGCCCAUGCUUAUGGACAUGAGACACCCCUGAGGAACGGGACCCCGGCUGGCUCCUUCGUCUCUCCCAGCCCCCUUUCAACAAGCAGUCCCAUCCUCAGUGCUGACAGCACUUCCGUGGGCAGUUUCCCAUCAGGGGGGAGCAGUGACCAGGGUCCACGGACACCCAUCCAGCCCAUGCUGGACUCCAGCAUCCGCUCAGGCAGCCUGGGACAGCCGAGUCCGGCAGCACUCAGUUACCGAAGCUCAUCACCGGUGCCGGCUGGUGGCAGCAGCUACAGCAGCCCUGACUACUCCCUUCAGCCAUUCAACUCUUCUCCAGAGAGCCAAGCCCAGCCUCAGUUCAGUGCGGCCACCGUUCACAUGGUGCCUGGGAGCCCUCAGGCACGACACAGGACAGUGGGCACCAACACUCCACCUAGUCCUGGCUUUGGCCGGCGGGCUAUCAAUCCCACCAUGGCUGCCCCUGGUAGUCCCAGUUUGAGCCACCGGCAGGUGAUGGGCCCUGGUUUCCAUGGUAAUGUGGUUUCUGGCCACCCAAGCAGUGCAGCGACCACUCCUGGAAGCCCCAGCUUGGCCCGGCACCCGGUGGGAAGCCACCAGGUUCCAGGCCUCCACAGCAGUGUGGCCGCCACUCCAGGAAGCCCAAGCCUGGGCCGACACCCCGGGGCUCACCAAGGGAAUCUGGCCUCCAGUCUCCAUGGCAAUGCAGUCAUCAGCCCUGGAAGUCCCAGCUUGGGCCGGCACCUGGGUGGAUCUGGAUCUGUGGUUUCUGGAAGCCCCAGCUUUGACCGACAUGCAGCUUAUGGUGGCUACUCUACUCCCGAGGACCGACGACCAACGCUGUCCCGGCAAAGCAGUGCCUCCGGCUACCAGGCUCCUUCCACACCUUCCUUCCCUGUCUCCCCUGCCUACUACCCUGGCCUGAGCAGCCCUGCCACCUCUCCCUCACCAGACUCAGCAGCCUUCCGGCAAGGGAGCCCCACACCAGCCUUGCCAGAGAAGCGGAGGAUGUCUGUGGGAGACCGGGCAGGCAGCCUUCCCAACUACGCCACCAUCAAUGGGAAAGUGUCCUCCUCACCCAUUGCCAAUGGAAUGUCCAGUCCCAGUGGGAGCAGCACAGUCUCCUUCUCCCACACGCUUCCAGACUUUUCCAAGUACUCUAUGCCAGACAAUAGUCCUGAGACACGGGCUAAAGUGAAGUUUGUUCAAGACACUUCCAAGUAUUGGUACAAGCCUGAGAUCUCCAGAGAGCAGGCCAUUGCACUCCUGAAGGAUCAGGAGCCAGGGGCCUUCAUCAUCCGUGACAGUCACUCCUUCCGAGGGGCCUAUGGGCUGGCCAUGAAGGUGUCCUCGCCCCCUCCAACCAUCACGCAGCAGGGCAAGAAAGGAGACAUGACCCAUGAGCUGGUGAGGCACUUCCUGAUAGAGACAGGUCCCAGAGGAGUCAAGCUCAAGGGCUGUCCCAAUGAGCCAAACUUUGGCUCCCUGUCUGCUCUGGUCUAUCAGCACUCCGUCAUCCCACUGGCCCUGCCCUGCAAACUGGUCAUUCCAAGCCGAGACCCCACAGAUGAAUCAAAAGAUAGCUCAGGCCCUGCCAACUCAACCACCGACCUGCUGAAGCAAGGAGCAGCUUGCAAUGUGCUCUUCAUUAAUUCUGUGGAUAUGGAGUCACUCACCGGGCCACAGGCCAUUUCCAAAGCCACGUCUGAGACUUUGGCUGCUGACCCCACACCAGCUGCCACCAUUGUUCACUUCAAGGUCUCUGCCCAAGGAAUCACACUGACUGAUAAUCAGAGAAAGCUCUUCUUUAGACGGCACUACCCCCUCAAUACUGUCACCUUCUGUGACCUGGAUCCACAAGAAAGAAAGUGGAUGAAGACAGAGGGAGGCGCCCCUGCUAAGCUCUUUGGCUUUGUGGCCCGGAAGCAGGGCAGCACCACGGACAACGCUUGCCACCUCUUCGCAGAGCUUGACCCCAACCAGCCUGCUUCUGCCAUCGUCAACUUCGUCUCCAAGGUCAUGCUAAGUGCUGGCCAGAAGAGAUGAAUCCUGGAGUCCUUGACCAAGGCUGGGGCACUGGGGAUGGGGCGUGUUGGAGAAGGGACCUGUGAAUCCUGACCACCAUAAAUCCAGAAAGAGGACUUUUGGGUUGACUGUGGAGAAGGGCAAGAAGGAAGUGCAACAUGGGGGAGAGGGACGUGAAUGGUGGAGGGGAGGGAAAAGGGAGGAGGAGAAAGCAAGGAUGGAAGAAAAAAACUCAGAAUCCCCUGUACAGAUGGAAGCCACGCCUCCCAAAGCCUCUCCAGCUAGCUGGGGGCCCGGUCUCCCCUCUUCCUCUGAGAGAAUUGAGCCCCCACAGGGAACACACAGGCCUCUUUUGGUGGUGGCGGGGGACCAGAUUUCACAGAGCAGUGACAAAGCCUGUUCUCCCUACCCUCCUGCCUUGAGAGAAGAAGCUGAACCUACUUCUCUGGAGGUAAGGUUGCUAAACCCAGUGACCAGCGUGUGACAUCAAGCGGUGACACUUUUUUAUAUUUUGCUCACCUGAGGCACCCAUGGUCUGUGCUUGCUCUGACUUCUUGUUGCAGGGUGUAAAAUGCUCCCCCUCUCCCCGUGCACUGAUCACUGAUCGAUACCUGCCUCUAUCCACUCGAAUUACAAACAGCUCUGCUUGUCUGUGACCCUUGUGAUACACACUGACCAAAGAAGGCUAGGGAUAUGAGGUGGCAUGGCGCCAGGGCAGAGACAAGCUGUCUCCUGAAGGAGCAUAGCCGAGUCCACUCUCUGUUCCUACGACUGCCCUCUAGUGGCCCUGGGGCCCUCCAGCCUGUCCCCGGUAGCGACCCUGGUACAGAGGGCAAAGUUCGCCUGCUGCAUUAGCCUUGCUCUGUCUCCUAGACUGAAGCUGGGCUGGAGGAAGAAGCGAUGCCCAUGGUUUUGGGAAAGAUAGCCGUUGGGGAAGGGUGGCGUCUUUCCUUGGCUUGCGGAGAGUUGGACAUGCGCACUGAUAGUGUCCAGUGUUGGUUGGGCAUGCGCACUGAUGGUAUCCAAAACUCUGCCUUAUUCCCUUCUCGCAGCCUGAUUCCUGGGCCGGGAGUGCCAGCACUAGCUUUGUCCUUGCUCACCUGCUUGAGGCCCACUGGGGAACGGGAGCUGUGCCUUUCUGACCUACCCUGUCCUACAUAGUCUUUAUGUUGGCUUAUCCCAGGAGCCUGCUCCCCAAAAUCCUGCCCAGGGCACCUGGGGAGGUCUGGAGCCCGUUUUCCUCUCUGUGUUUUGGGAUCUGACGGUUGCGGAUCCCUUUCUGGCUGGGCUGCCCAGGGUGACAUCGGAGCACCUCUGGGGAUGCUGCUGGGGAACCACGUGGUCCUCCUACAAUGCCAAAGCUUCCCUGUUCCCCUUCUGCCUCAGUCUCCCCAGCAGAACCAUGUUGCCUGUGGGACAGAGGACAGAAUGUAUGAAUUUAGGCCAAAGGUCCUAUGGUCCAUUUGUGGGGUUGGGAAGGCCCCUCUCACCACUCAGACCUCCAUAUAAACCCAAGGAGGUCCCUAGGGGUGGUAUUGUACUGAUAUAUAAAUAUAUAUAAUAUAUACAUGAGACAUACUGAUAGAAUCUGUAAGCUAAUAAAAAUAUAAGAAAAGGUUAAAAAAAGAAUAGGUAAAUUGACAAGAAAUAUUUAUUGUUUUUUUCCCAUAUUGCUUUAUUGCCCCUGGCCACAACCUGUUUCCUUUUCUUUCCUAAUCUGUAAGUAGAGCCUGAACUGCAGGUGUCUUUAUCCCAAACAGCUCAGGUCUGGCCUUGACCUUGGCCUUGGUCUUGGCCUCCCUAUGCUCAGUCUGGGACUUAGAGGAUAACACGCUCUGGCUGUUUAGUUUUGGCAAGCAGUAGCCCAGCUGCCCACAUCCUGGAUGUGAGGAUGGCUGCAUCCAUCGCCCAGGUCUGAGCCAGCAUGUGUUUGGGACGCAGGUGUAUGGCCGUGGUUGUGUGCAUUUCUCGGAUUUUUCCCCCUCUGGGGAGCUUUGACUGUGUGGGCGUUGUUUAGAGGAGCUGGAGAGAAGAGUGGGGAUCAUGAGUAGAGGCCCCUUUGGGUCCCUCUUCCCAAAGAAUAAAUGGGCUUAGUGAUCAAGGUCCUUCUAAAGUGUCCUUCCCUCUGAGAUAGUCAACGCUAAUGUCUCGAUUACCACUUUCUUCAUUCCUCAAAUGAACCCCACUUCUUCCCAGGUUAGAAGAAAAAUUCCCUCAUCCCCUUCUUUGUAAAUACCCCCAUCCCGCCGCACAGCCCGAGGAGGCUUCUCCCGGCUGGAAUGUUCACGCGAGCCUUUGAGGAACAUCAGAGCCUCUGCACCCUGCCUUAGGCCAUCCCCCAGUCAGCCUCGAGUCUGGGGUCAACCUUCACACGAGGUGUCACCUUCUCAAGCCAUGUGUGAGUCAUGUGAAGAACCGAGGUGGAUGCUGGGAAGUGGGUGCCUCCUUCCCAGCAUGCCUGUAGAAGGAAUGAACACCUGAGUUUGGCUUUUUUGGAAGGACGUCGGAGAAGGGGCCUCAGUUCUUACACUGGGAACCGCACUGUAGUCUGCCCUCUUCCUCACUGUGAUUCUCACAGGUGGGUCUUGCACAUUCAUGCACGCACACACAGGUGCACACACGUGCACACACACAGAGACCACACGCACUCUCACCCCUCCAUAUGCAAUCUAUUCUUGCCAAAGAUUUCCUUUAAACACGAAUGCUUCUCUACCCAUCGUUUUCUGUGUGUGAUCUGUUUUGUUCUGUGUAGUUGAGUCUGUAUGUGAGCAGGGAGAGUGCUGUCUGCUUUUAACCGUGAGUGAAGGAGGGGUAAGGAAGACGAACAUGGCAGCCUGUGAUGCCAUCAGUGAGACCCCUCAGCUACAGCCCAGGUCCAUACUGCCUCUGGCAACUCAGAAGAUUGCUGAGGUUGGCCUGUGGCCUCAACCUCCCGGAUUAUCUGGAGGUGAGCUGACAGAGAGGGACACCUAUUGAACCAGGUUUGGGGAAAGGGAAGGCCCCCAUAGUUCCAGGGGGUAGGGGUGAAGAGCUGGGCUAGAAUACAGUAGACAGGCGGCCCCUAAGGGAAGGCUGGGAAAAACUAAUAAUUGGAUACUGAAAUCUCUAUUGUGCUACUGUGGACCCCUGGCUCCCUUGUCCAGCUUUGUCUGAGGAACGAAUUCACAUUUGAGGUUUGGAACGUACGUUUCCUGGCAGCUUAGAUAGUUUUGGACACGAUUGUCAGAAUUUCUGGUACACCCUGGCUUUGGAGAGUCCCUGGAGAUACCUGUCUUGUAGUGUAGAGAGGACACUGUGGCUGUGCGCCCCUCUAGAAAGGGGCUGUCAGGAGAGGGAGAGACCCUGCACCAGGCCUGAAUAGGGAUGAAACAGGUUCCUUGUGCUGUCUGGGAAAUGCAGGAGAGACAAGUCAGUAAACAACAUCCGUCCUGCUUUGGAUUUCUUCUCCGUCCUACCUCCCGGGGUUUCUGGCUCUCUUUCCCCAGCUUCAGAUCUUGGGGAGAUCCAUCCAAGGGAACCAGCCCUCUCUUGCCUCUAUGCCUUGGUCCUUAAAGAGCUUGGACCCAAAGCUAGGGCCACCUCUGCACAUAGGCCUUGGCAGAAGAUCUUGAGAUCGGUGUUUCCAUGGUCAGUGGUGACAGGAUGUAUGUGCGUGUGUGUGUGUGCAAGUGUGGGUGUGUGUGCAUGGUUUGCUCUCUGUAGGGAGCUUCGAGUGGAAGGUGGAGGCGGUAGAUGGAGGGAUGUCAAGUUCAGUGCAACCCAGUAGUGAGAAGAACCAGGAGGUGAGGCCUGAUGGUCCACGGAUUAAGUAGUGUUUUAGUGCUGGCAAUGGAGGAGAUAGCCACACGGGAUAAGGCUCUGCAGGCCUCUUCCUUGCUGUCUCCUGUCUCCUCAAAGGGCUGAAAAGUUGGAGGAUCUCAGUUGGUUUCCAUGCCUGGGCCCCUCACGGCAGCAAGGCCAUGGAAGUGCGACACACUCAUGUGUCUCCUCGUCAGUGUUCACAACCCAGUCCUCCCUGUGAGCCCACAUCUGGCUCGUAUGUGUGUGGGCACGUUGGGGUGUGCAUAUGGUAUCUCCCCCAUUUUCUUUCUUCCCUUCUUUCAUUCAAAACAAAUGUAAGAAGUUCCUUAUAUACUGUUAUCUCAACCCUG